AUGGAGUGGAAGGAUCUAGACCCAGAACAUGUCGACCUCUACGUCUUGAGCGGCGUGGGCCGGACGCUGCUCCGCCUGGAGCGCAGCGGCUUCCAGUGCUCGGAGGCAGCUCCGUUGCUGCUGCUGUGUCCUGACCCGAGCAACUACGAGGCGUCCAUGGCGUACUUGCAUGGUGGGAAUUUCGCGCUACGUCCAGGAACCCCAGGCCAACGUCCGUGGCCCGACCAAGUUGCCGAAGGAACCGCGUUGGCCGACUUGCCUUCAGGUGUGGAUGCAGCUCCCCCCUCCGCACUCGGUCGCUUCCUCGUCGAGCGCUUCCCCAGCGCUGUGGACAUGACGGGAGGAACCAGUAUGGACGUGAUCCAUUUGCCGGAUACGGAAGUGUUUUCCAACAUGGCUUUAGCCGCGCUAAACUCCGACCAGUUUUCUCGCUGGGGUCCGUUGUCGGCCAAGCAAUUCGGUUUACCCGUUGAGCCUCAGCUGGUCCGUCCAUUUGUCCUGACCAAGGUCAAUGGACGCCCGUACUUUCAAGCGCACUUUACAAUGGCGUAA